UGUGAAUUUGUUUAAGAAAAAUACUCCGCAUCCUUGCAGACAUUACUUCAUGAAAAAUAACUAUCAAAUUGAUUAAAAAAAAAUGUCACAAUUUAAUUUUUUCAACGAAAUCAAUAGUGCCCUCACUAUGGAUGGUGAAAUUACAAGGGGUCCACCGCCAAGAUGGCAAAAGAAAAUGAUGGACGCUUCGUCCUCCAGUCAUUUGAAUGGAAGUCGCUCAGUGCUAUCUGUUUCAUAUAAUACCAGUUUUUCUGGAGCUAAUCCCCCCACCAAAACCCCUGGUAAGACUGGCGACACAAAGAACAAGAAAACUCCCACGCCCAGUAAAGGAUCCAAGACACCAGGUGGAGGAGAUCGUUUUAUACCUAAUCGUGGCACAACAAACUUUGAAUUGGGACACUAUUUGAUAAAACAAGAACAGGAAAAAUCAGAAAAUGACGAGGAGAAUGAUAGUGGAAACUCUAAUAAUAGCAAUAAAAUGACACCAGCCAAGGCUGAACGUCAAAAGUUAAUUUCGGAUUCAAUGCAAGUGGCAGAUGGCAAAACUACACGCAUUCUUUCCUAUCAAAACAAGGCCCCGGCUGCCCCAGAAUCACAUACCAAUCCCUUGAAGGUUGUGUAUUCCAUUAAAACGCCCAUAUCGACCAAGAGUGGUUCGCGUUAUAUACCCACAACUUCAGAUCGUAUUUUGGAUGCUCCUGAUAUUAUCAAUGACUAUUAUCUAAAUCUUCUGGACUGGAGUGCCGAUAAUAUUGUAACUGUGGCUUUGGGUAAUGCUGUUUAUUUGUGGAAUGCUGCCACCGGUAACAUAGAACAAUUGGUGGAGUAUGAAGAGGGUGACCAUGCCUGUGCUUUAGCUUGGAUACAGGAAGGCCAGAUUUUGGCCAUUGGCAACAAUACUGGAGCCGUGGAACUUUGGGAUUGUUCCAAAAUAAAACGUUUACGUGUAAUGGAUGGGCACUCGGCCCGUGUUGGAGCAUUGGCUUGGAAUUCCUUUUUGGUCUCGUCAGGUAGUCGUGAUGGCUCCAUUAUCCACCAUGAUGUUAGAGCCCGUGAGCAUAAGGUUGCCAAUCUGGCCGGCCAUACUCAAGAAGUUUGUGGCCUCAAAUGGUCCACAGAUUUCAAGUAUUUGGCCAGUGGUGGCAAUGAUAAUUUAGUAAAUGUUUGGGCUGCCGUUAGUGGUGGUGUUGGCACAGGCAAUGAACCUCUUCAUAUUCUAAAUGAACAUCAGGCGGCAGUACGAGCUCUGGCCUGGUGUCCUUGGCAACCCAAUGUAUUGGCAUCAGGUGGCGGUACUGCCGACAGAUGUAUCAAGUUCUGGAAUGUUAAUAAUGGUUCUCUUAUUAAUUCCGUGGAUUCCAAGUCUCAAGUUUGUGCUCUGCUUUGGUCACGCAACUACAAGGAACUAAUCUCGGCCCAUGGAUUUGCCAAUAAUCAAUUGACCAUAUGGAAAUAUCCCUCAAUGGUGAAACAAGCUGAACUUACUGGUCAUACAUCUAGAGUUCUGCAAAUGGCGUUGUCACCCGAUGGCAGCACUGUCAUUAGUGCUGGUGCCGAUGAAACUCUACGUCUUUGGAAUUGUUUUGCCCCCGAUCCUCAUACAGCGAAGAAAUCAAGUACUGCCGCUGCCAAGGCAAAACAAAGUGUUUUCCGUCAAAGCAUACGAUAGAAAUAAAGUGAUUUCCUGUCAAAGCAUGCGACAGAUAUGGAAAUGCUUUGAUGUGAUGGUAUUUAGUUAGGAAAUUUUCAUAUCUAUUUUUUCUUUUUUUACUAAAAAUGUUCUUUUAAUUAAAAUAUACCUAAUAUAUUUAACGAUUUUUUAUAUUUUUUCUUUCAUUUAGACAAAUGCUUAAUUGUUUGAGGAGCAUUUCUAUUUGUGACCGAUUUGCCUUGUAAUUCCGUUUGUUAAAACUUAUGUGUAUGUGUAAAUGGCAAUGUUAUUAAUUGGAACACCAAUAAAUUUUGUAAACUUGAUAUUUAUUCUAAUAAAACAA